UAAACUAAUCUCAACUCCGCCCUUGAAUAGCUCUCUUUAUUAUCUCUUCUAUAUAUAUGAUAUCUCUCAUAGAUCUGAGUUUCAAGCCAAACCCAAUAAACUGUGUCCUAAAGACACCCCUCCUCUGUUUUCAUCACUCCAUCAAACCAAAAAUGGCCAUGUUCAGAGCACUCCUGAGCCUGACUGUCACGGCCAUUCUGGUCAAAUUAGCCAUUGGAACAAAUCACACAGUUGGGGGAGCAAGCGGGUGGGAUCUAAGCUCCAACUUCCAGACAUGGGCAGCAGGCGAAAAAUUCCAUGUCGGAGACAAUCUCAUUUUCAAUUACUUGCCGCCUCACAAUGUGCUUGAGGUUACGAAGGCCGACUUUGAUUCCUGCCAAGCAACCAGUGCACUCAAGGUUUACACUGACCUCAACACUGUGAUCACAUUAACCUCUCCUGGCAACAGAUAUUUCUUAUGUGGAUUCCCAGAACAUUGUGGUCAAGGAAUGAGUCUUAUGGUUCAAACUCUAGCUACUUCUGCUGCCACUCCUCCCUCACCCACUACAACAACAACUCCUCCUCCCACCUUACCAAAUAUUGCUGCCCCUCCAUUACCAAACCUUCCCAUCCCUCCAUCACCUGCUAUAUCAAAACCUCCUUCCACUUUACCAAAGAUAACCAUCCCACCAUUGCCUAGUGCCCCUCCAUUGCCAUCACUUGGACCUGUUCCUAGUGUGUUCUCCCAAUUACCCCCUUUACCAUCUCCUGGCAUGGCAUCUUCUGGAUCUGAUUCUUCGACAUCACCACCUCCCUCUCCCUCGUCAGCUAACAGAGGCCAUUUACUGUCAAAGUUCAUUACCGGGAUGUGGUUUGGAAUGUCAAUGCUACUAGCACUCUAAGCGUCAACAACUCAGUUUGUACCCUCUGUUGGUCUUACUU